AAACUUUUCAAUUUAGAUUUCAAUGGGAAAGUGAGCUCCAGAGCAUGACGCUCCGGUGAAAAAAAAAGUCCUCAAAGUUUUUGGAGUAAACCUUCAGGAGACAGUUGUUAGCUUAUUUUCUACCUGAAAGCGCUUUAUCUAGCAGAAGAUGAUGUCAGAUGCCAGUGAGAUGUUGGCAGCAGCUUUAGAGCAAAUGGAUGGAAUCAUUGCAGGCUCUAAGGCCAUUGAUUACUCCAAUGGGCUGUUUGACUGCCAGUCGCCCACGUCGCCUUUCCUGGGUGGCUUUCGAGUGCUGCACCUUCUGGAGGACUUGCGAGCGGCACUGGAGCUGAUGGACAACGAGGAAAGGGACAACCUGCGCUGCCAGAUCCCCGAUUCCACCGCAGAAGGAGUGGCAGACUGGCUGCAUGGCCGAAUGACAAACAUUCACAGCUCAGAGGUGGUCUACCAAGAACGUCUUUCACGACUGGAGAGUGACAAAGAGUGUCUCAUCCUUCAGGUAAGCGUUUUAACAGACCAGGUGGAGGUGCAAGGUGAAAAGAUUCGAGAUUUAGACAAAAGCCUGGAGCUUCAUCGGGAGAAGCUGAACGCUGCAGAGGAGCUACUUCAACAGGAGCUGUUAAACCGGACGGCACUGGAGACCCAGAAACUGGAGUUGAUGACGGAGGUGUCCAGCCUGAAGCUCAAACUAACUGCUCUGGAGAGAGAUCACAGGGGAAAUGAGGGUUUGUACAAAGAAAUAACCGACCUGCGGUUCAGGAUGACCGACACUGAGAAUGAACGACUUCAGAGUGAGAGGAAGCUGAAAGCUACCAAAGAGGAGCUGCAGGAUCUGCAGAGGCAGCUGGAGGAGCGCGAGGAGGAGCUGAGGAGGUUGAAGGAUGACAGCAGGUUGAAGGUGGAGACCCACAACACAAGUGAAGGAGAAGAAAGAGAUGCUGAAGUGGUGAAGAUGAAGAGGGUGUUGGAGCUGCUGACGUCGGAGAACAAUGAGAAGGAAAGACGGAUUAAAGAGCUGGAGGUGUCACUUACAAAGUGCAGGAAAGUGCAGGAGGUGGCCAAAGAGAAGCUGAAAGAGGAGGACUACGCUGAUAUUCAUGACGAUCCCUCGCUUUCUGUGUCCAUGGAGGUGGAUCAGGUCACCCUGGGUUUGGAGGGGGAGGCAGGAAGGAGCUCCGGAGAGUCCAGUCCGUGUAUAGCAGUUCUCUCUGAGAUGAAGGAACUGGACAGAGAACGACAAUUACAAGCAGCUCAAAGAUGUUUAGAUGYUCCACAGACAGGCAGAUCAGCUGUGAGCAGAAACUCAGACCAGGCUAAAACUAAAGCCAGGGCRGGAUCUUCUUCUUCUACUAAAGGAAACACGACUGAAGGCAGUUUUGGCACUAAAAAGGCUCGCGCUUCAUUCGGCCGUGGCUUUUUUAAGCUGCGUGGAGGAAAGCAAGCAUCCAGCGUCCCAAACCUCGCUGAGACAGAUCGUAAAGGCACUGAGCACCUGGACUUGGCUGGUGUUCCCUCCAAGAAAACCCAUGAUGGAGCUCCUUUACCAUCAUCCCCAGAAGCCAAGAAGAAGUCGAGAGGGUUGAGGAAAUUCUUUGGCAGGCUAAAGAGGAGUCACUCCACCUCCUUAGACCUCGACGAUGCUGAGAUGGAGUUCAGGAGGGGCGGAGUCAGAGCCACCGCCGGCCCACGGCUCGGCUGGUCGCGUGACUCAAAGCAGAAGACGGUUGACGUUCCUUUCGCUCGCUGGACUAAAGAUGAAGUGUGUGCGUGGCUCCAUGAGCAGGGCCUGGGUUUGUUUGCAGCUCAGGGCCAGAGCUGGAUCAAAUCAGGACAAACGUUACUGCAGGCCUCUCAGCAUGAUCUGGAGAAAGAGUUGGGAAUGAAGCAGCUGCUCCACAAGAAGAAGCUGCAGCUCGCCCUGCAGGCUCUGGGGUCAGAUGAUGGAGACCUUCAGGGGAAACUGGACCACAACUGGGUGACCAGGUGGCUGGAUGACAUCGGCCUCCCGCAGUACAAAAGUAACUUUGAUGAAGCUCGAGUUGAUGGCCGCAUGCUGCACUACAUGACAGUGGAGGACCUGCUGUCGCUGAAGGUCGGCAGUGUUCUUCAUCACCUCAGCAUCAAACGAGCCAUCCAGGUGCUGCGCCUCAGCUCGUAUGAACCCAGCUGUCUGAGGAGACGACCCUCAGAUGAGAACAACAUGACACCGGCUGAGAUCUCCCAGUGGACCAACCACAGAGUGAUGGAGUGGCUGCGCUCCGUGGAUCUGGCAGAAUAUGCUCCCAACCUGAGAGGGAGCGGAGUUCACGGAGGGCUGAUGGUGCUGGAGCCUUGUUUUAACGUGGAAGCGCUGGCCCUGCUGCUCAACAUUCCUCCCAGUAAAACCCUGCUGAGACGCCACCUGGCCACACACUUCCACCUGCUCGUCGGCUCGGAGGCACAGCGGCAGAAACAGGAAUGUCUGGAAAACCCCGACUACACAGUCCUCACAGCCACCGCCAGGGUUAAGCCAAGACGUUCAUCGUUUGGUGGUUUUGGCUCUUUGAGGAGGAAACGUUAUGACGACAGCGAGGACUACGUCUGCCCUCUGAACAUAGAAAUGCCAAAGAACAGCAGCUUCCAGAGGAACGCCUGCAUCUAUGACGAGAGUUUCAUCCACCUGGAGCAGAUGGAAGACUCUGAAGGGACGGUCAGGCAGAUCGGAGCCUUCUCUGAGGGAAUCAACAAUCUGACUAGCAUGCUGAAGGACGAGGAGUUGUUUCGGGAGAUCUCAGUUGACGCCAAAACAGAAGCUCACAACUCCAACUGAGCUUCUCCAUCGAUGUAUUUAUUGAAGWUGACCAAAGUAUAAUGCAUGAACUGAAAAUAUAAAGUACUUUAGGAGGAAUUUACUUGUGUGUAGAUGAAAUAAUCUUGUUUGAG